GUUGGCUGCUUUGUACACGUCAGCAGUCAAUAAGUUGUACUCGAGAUAUAUGAUGGUCCAAUCAUCCUCUUCCUGGUGUGAGCGUGUUCAGACACUAAACCUACUUUUGGGGUGGCGGAAACAGGCGGAAGCGACAGUCACGCGACGGCAGAAGUGGCUGUCAUCUUUACUUUUUUUUUUUAAGACGGCGUGAGGCGACGUCCUGCAUCAAAAGUGGGAACUUCACCUCACGGAGGAAACUUAAUGGAUGAGAAGUUUACAAUGAGGACGUCUGUUUCCACUUAGAGAAAAUGAGGUUUCGGCUGCUCAAGAAGAAUGUGCUCGUCCUGUUGGCUGUUUCCUCUUUCGUUGGGGCUGUGCUCUUUUCAACACGUGUAUUGUUUUAUUCCGACACGGAGAAUAGUGGACCAGGUCAUGUCUUACCGACAAAGCAGGGGAUGCAUCCGAGUGAGAACGUAAAGUUCAACUUGGAGUCGCUGACAGAGUUGACCCAGUUUGUUUACACUGGGAAUUAUAAGCAGAGUGUUUACAAUGCAGAUAAGUUUCCAGCAGAGCCUGAACUGGUGCUGGUUGUGCAGGUCCACAACAGGCCUGAAUACCUCAGUCUGCUCAUCAAGUCACUGGAGAAAGCUGCUGAGGUCCACAACUUCCUCGUCAUCUUCAGCCAUGACUAUUUUACGGAGCAGAUAAACGCCAUUGUGCAGGGGAUUACUUUCUGCAAAGUACAGCAAAUUUAUUUCCCCUUCAGCACGCAGCUGCAUCCCAGUGAUUUUCCUGGGCAGAAUCCACAAGACUGCCCCCGAGACAUACCCAAGGACAAAGCUCUCAAAAUAGGAUGUCUGAAUGCUGAGCACCCUGACUCCUAUGGACACUACAGGGAGGCCUUCAUCACUCAAACCAAACACCACUGGUGGUGGAAACUGCACUUUGUGUGGGAGCGAGUGCAUGCGAUGCAGGGGUACAAUGGCUUUGUGAUUUUUUUAGAGGAGGACAACUACAUCUUGCCUGACUUUUUCAAUUUCUACAAGUCAAUGGUGGAGUUCCGGAAGAACAGCUGCCCAGACUGUGACAUGUUAGCGUUGGGUAAUCACAAUAGCCUCACUGAUUUCACCAAACUGUCCAAUAAGGUGUUAACAUCAGGGUGGAUGUCCACUAAGCAUAACAUAGGCAUGGCCAUAUCCAAGGAGGUUUACUACAAACUAAUGGGCUGUAACAAUGAAUUCUGCACUUAUGACGACUACAACUGGGAUUGGACUCUACAGCACCUCUCUGGAACCUGCAUACCAAAGCCCCUUAAAGUGCUUGUGGCACAGGGUUCCAGGGUCCUUCACACAGGGGACUGUGGGCUCCACCAGAAGGAAAACUGCAGGCCAGAAUGGGCCGCUCAGAGGGUUGACGAGAACCUUCAAAUGGCCAAGCAUGGCCUCUUUCCUCAAUCUCUUGUUCUUGAUGGUGCGGAUGCAGUGGAGCACAAGGCACACAUGAAGAACGGAGGAUGGGGAGACGUACGAGACCAUAGUCUAUGCAAUAAUUACGCCAACCGCCUUUGAGCUGAAACUUUUCCUUGAGAAAUAUGGGUAAAAUGGGUAUUCUGCUGAUGUGCCAUUUAUUUACUGCUUUUCAGGGUUUCAGAGGCUGCAGUCACUAUGACUAUGUUUCAGUGAGUUCUUCCAAGGAACAUGACCAACACAAAUCCCAGCAUGUUACCUAAACACUUCAACUUGUUUUUAAUCACCAAAGCUGCAGAGAUGCCAAAGAUGUUGAUACAUGUUACUGUGUAUAAUGCAAAAAAGCUUUGCAGUGCUGUUCAAUACAAGUCACCAGGUUUGUAAUUAUCUUUCAAGCCAAACAUUUGAUUAUAUUGAUUACAUAGUGAAGAUAAAUUAAAGUAGGGCUCAUGGGAGUGGACAUAUCUAUGUUUCCAUAACUUAGAAUAAGUUGUUUUAUUAUUGAGUUUAACAUGUUUUAUUUUGAAAUAAUGGGUUUAAUUUCCUGUAUAAAACCUUAAGUUACAAAAUGUUGAUUUUGCUUUGGGGUAGAUUGAAAAGUGUUGAAACUAAAAGGCACAUGUAAAAAACUGUGAUGACAAUCAUGAAUAUGGAUGCAGUAAAUACAUUUGAAAUGACCUGUAAUCUUUAAUGUCCAAAUAAUAUAAUACACAAAUGGGAAUUAUGAUAUUGAACGUAACCAUUGGUUUCUGUCUGCAGCCUUUUGAGACAUGGUCGACUGACACAAGUUGUUUAAAUACUGUUUAGAUCCCAGUUUGCAAACAGAGCUGGCACGAUGUGAUGAUUUUGUUUUUCUUUGGGUUGUUACCGUAUUUGCUCUCUGAUAGAAAAAGUGACCCUUUGGAACUUAGUUCUGUGAUUACCAGGGUCAGUUGUUGGUGGUCCUGCAAUUCUCUAUUGCAACCAAAUGAGAACCGACCGAGUAGCCUUUGGAGUUGAAAAAAAGGGAAAUAUGCUUAUUUGCUAAAAUUAAUUUAAUAAUUGUUGAUGCCAUUGUUGCCUUAAAGUUGACCAAAAGUGCCCCUUUAUUCUUCCAUUGUGCCUUCAUGUUUAAAAUAUAUAUUUUAAAGGUGCGCUGACGUCAAUGUUGUUGACAAAGUACUUCUUUGCAUGUGUCAGUGCUGGGGACUUAGAGUCAUGAUAUGUUUUGUCGUGUCCAUAUCCAUUAAUUUUUAAGGAUCUGAAUGUUUUUUUUAUAAUAUCUUAGUUGUUCAAUCAGGUUGAAUGUUUUUGACGACGCUGGCUUCAUGCUUGCAGCUGGUGAAAGUGGCCCAAGAGAAUGUUGGGGCAACUGAGUGAGCCUUGAGGAGAUUCCUGUUAAGAGAAAUACAAAAUGAAUGUGAUGAUGAACUCAGUUAUUUUCUAUUGUAUUCAAUGCAAACUUAAAAAGCAUGGUAAUAAAGGCCAGAUUCACAAAGAUGUGCCUGUUGAAAUGA